AUGGAUUCUUUACUGAACGGAGGUUUUAUUUCCUUUUCAUGGGAUAAGAAAGGACCUACCCUCACACACAUAUGCUAUUUAGAUGAUACAAUCUUGUUCUCAUCUGGAGAUCCUUUAUCUCUAAAGUUGAUGAUGUCAAAAUUGGAGAUGUAUGAGAAGACUUCUGGGCAAAUGGUGAAUAGACAGAAGUCUACCUUGUAUGUUCCUCCUAAUUUCAAUAGUAGCAGAAUAUGUAAUAUUCGGAACAUUUUGUGUUGUACUCACUAUCAAUUUCGAAUGCAGUACUUUGGUUGUCCUAUUUAUGGUUGGAGGAAGAAGGGGGUUUAUUUCAAUGGCGUGGUGGCCAAAUUCUCUAACAGGUUGAAAGGGUGGCAGAGUAAACUUUUCUCUUUUGGUGGUAAAGUUGUAUUGAUAAAGUCGAUUCUCACUGCUUUACCUCUUCACCUAUUUUCUGUGUUGCAUCCUCCUAAAAUUGCUUUACUUCAAGCUCAAAAGAUUAUGGCUAGUUUUUUUUUUAGGGAAAGGAUAAUGACAAAAAAGAAGCACCACUGGAUGGCAUGGGAAAAACUUUUGUUUUUCUACUAUGGAAGGUGGGGUGAGGUUCAGGUCUUUACAGGAUAUAUGUAA